GGUGAAGACUGUGAAGCCUAUCUGUUAUCUAUUCUCAGAUCUCUGAUUCUCUUCCAAAAAGUCCUUGUUUUCUUCAUCUUGGAUUGUAAACUAUAUUUAUUACCUACAGUAGGGAUUCAAAUACAAUAACGAUACAGUGGAUUUUACAAUACAAUACAAUAAUCUUUAUUUGCACACCAUAAAAAAACUUAAGUUGGACUGGAGUUCUGCUAUCAUCCUGGAAUAUUUGACACAAUGCCAUGGUAUAAUAACGGCACAAUGUCACAUAUCAAGACGUGUUCAUAUCUUAACUGUGGGAAUAUCAACAUGAAGAAUCCGGAGUUGUCAUUGUUUAGCUUCCCCAUUAAUGAUAAAUCCCGUCUAAAGCUUUGGAUCCAGAAUUCAGGAAAUUCACAACUGGAUUCAUUAACCAACAAUGAACUGAGGUAUCAUUACAUUUGUGCCGCUCACUUUCCUAAUGCAAGAGAUCGUAGAGGACUACAUAGAGACAUACUACUUGGUUCCGCUGUUCCAUACCAUUUUCAAUCCACUGAAACUGAAACAGCAUCAACACCUUCCAUGAGUCAUGUUAAAGAUGUGGAAAUAAAUGCUAGAGCAGUCUCUCCUGACGUGUUGAAAGUGAUACCACCUAAAAAGUUUUAUGAAAACAAAAAUAAACAAAAUCGCUUACAGGAAUCGACUCCUGUAUCAAGUAGUACAGGGGAGCAGUAUAAGAUGGAGGAUGACAUAGACAUAGAGGAGCAUGAUCUGUUGGACGACCCCGCCUUGAGGAGCGUGUUUCCAGAUCUUGUCAUCCUCAAACGGGAAAUCAUUGAUUUUGAUGUCAGUGAAGAAACCACAACAACGCCAGAAAUUCCAAUGAGACAGGAUUACCAACUGGGUUGCACUUUGGAGGAGAACAGUGGGAGUCCUCCUCCCGUGUGCCCCGCGCAUGCCACAGAUGUCAAACCUGACGUGUUAUCUACGGACAUGGAUGACACAUCAACUGUUGAAAACUACAAUUUGACUGAAUCUGAAAUUUUAGUCUCUGAUAUAAAGAAAGAAUCAGAAAAUGCUGUAUCAAAGGAGUUGCCAUUUUACAGAAACAGAAUUAUACUCGGCAAGAUACAUGUAGAUGCGUCAGACAAAGUAGCUAAUUAUGUUAUUAAUAAUGAAGAGAAACUAAAGCCUAAUUCCGGUUUGGCAGCGGCAAUAAACUCCGAAGCAGGUAGAAGCAAGAUAAGUAAACAGUAUUGUGAAUUUGAACAGUGUUUGCAGCUUAAAAUUAUUCUAACUGACUGUUAUACAUCUCUAUUGGACAAUACCUGUUACUGUGCUCAGUGUGCAGUGUUGUUCCCCACCACUGAAGCGUAUAGUGAACAUAACACGAGUACACACACCGGGACCACUCACUCAACUAAAGCCUCCGCUUACGUUGAAAAAUGUAAAAAGUUGGUUCAUAAGGGGGCAUUCGAGUGUGAUACCUGCAAUAAAAGAUUUAAUUCUUUAAGUAAAUUAAAUCUACACAGGUUAAUUCAUUCUGGCGAAAAGCCAUUCGAGUGUGCAACUUGCCAGAAAACAUUUCGUCAAUUAGGUCAUUUGACCAGACACCAGUUAAUUCACUCUGGCCAGAAUCCAUGUGUGUGUACAAUUUGCAAGAAAACAUUUAGAGAUCCUUUCACCUUGAAAAUGCAUAAUCUCAUUCACACUGGCGAUAAACCAUACGAGUGUAAUACUUGCAAGAAAUCAUUCAGGCAUCUUAGCUCUUUAAGACAACACGAGCUAAUGCACACUGGCGAUUUUCCUUUCAAGUGUAAAUAUUGUCAGAAAAGAUUUAAGCGUAAAUACCGUUUAACACAACACGAAUUAAUUCAUACUGGUGAAGAGCCAUUUGAAUGUGAAAUUUGCAAGAAAAUAUUUACAGACCUGUACUAUUUCAAGAGACACAAGUUAAUUCACUCUGCCGAAAAGCCGUUUGAGUGCGACAUUUGCAAGAAAACUUUUGACCGAAAAAGUAGUUUGAAAAGUCACAAGUUAGUUCACACUGGUGAAAAGCCAUUUGAGUGUGACACCUGCAAGAAAACUUUUAAUCAUCGAAGUAGUUUGAACUGGCACAUGUCAAUUCACAUUGGCGAAAAGCCAUUUGAGUGUGAUACUUGCAAAAAGACUUUUUAUCGACAAAGAGAUUUGAAAGUUCACAAGUUAAUUCACACUGGCGAUAUUUAUCAUUUAUUCAUAAAAACAUAUAAUUGUUUUAGUUGUACAAAACCACACUAUAAGAUGGAGGAUGGCAUCUACAUAGAGGAACAUGAUCUGUUGAACAACCCUACUGUGAGGAGCGUAUUUCCAGAUCUUGCCAUUCUCAAACAAGAAAUCAUUGAUUUUGAUAUAGUUGAAGGUGUAGCACCAGAAACCUUUACAACGCAGGAAGUACCACAGAGAAAUGAAAACAAAAAUAAUCUACACAAUUUAACAGUCUACAGUGGGGAUCAUCCUACCGAGUACUCCGCUCAAGACCUGGAUGUGAAACCUGACCACCUGUGUACUGACAUGGAUGACACAAUAACUGUCAAGCGCAACAGUUUGACAGAAUUUCAUGAAGUUGAAACUGAAAUCAAGAAGGAAUCAGAGAAUGUUGUACCAAAUGAAUUGCCAUUUUACAGAAACAGAAUUAUACUUGGCAAGAUACAAGUAGAUGAGUCUGACGAAGAACGAGAAACUGAUGCACCAGGUGACUGUAAUAAUGUUGUUAACAACAAAUCAAACAAUGAUCAAGAUUUGGCAGUGUCAAUAUACACUGAUGAAAAUAGAAGCAUGAGGAUAACUAAACAGUAUUAUGAAAUGGAAAAAUGUAUGCAAGGGAAAAUUAUUCUAACAAACUGUUAUACAACUCUAUUGAACCAUAACUGUUACUGUGCUCAGUGUGCAGUGUUGUUCCCCACCACUGAAGCGUAUAGUGAACAUUACACGAGCACACACACCGAGACCACUUACUCAACUAAAGCCUCGGCUUCUCUUGUGAAACAUAAACAAAUCAUAUACCCACGUGAGAAAGCAUUUGUGUGUGACUCCUGCACGAAAACAUUCAGCAAAAAAAGUAGCUUGAUAGAGCACAUGUUAAUUCACACUGGCGACAAGCCAUUCGAGUGUGACAUUUGCAAGAAAACAUUUAGGCAUCAGUUCACACUGAAAUUACACAAGUUUUUACACACUGGGGAGAAACCUUUCCAGUGUGAAACUUGCAAGAAAACAUUCAGUGAUAUAUCGAAUUUAAAACGACACAAGUUAACUCACACUGGGGAAAAGCCAUUCCAGUGUGACAUUUGCUUUAAAACAUUUAUCCAAAGAAUUAAUUUGAAGACCCACAAGUUAGUUCACACUGGCGAAAAGCUGUUCGAGUGUGACAUUUGCAAGAAAUCAUUUUACCAAAUAAGUCAUUUGAAGGCACACAAGUCAAUUCACACUGGCGAAAAGCCAUACCAGUGUGAAAUUUGCAAGAACUCAUUUAGCCAUAGGUUCACAUUGAAGAGACACAUGCUACUGCACACUGGUGAAAAGCCAUUCCAGUGUGAUAUUUGCACGAAAUCAUUUAACCGUAAAAAUACUCUUAAGAGGCACAAAUUACUUCACACUGAAGCACAGUCAAAUGAUUCUGAUUUCUAGCGGCGCCGUCUGUAGCCGUCACGUGUGACUCACUACUGAGUGACCCGGCUGCUCAAGGACAGCGUCCUGUUGUACACCGAGAUGCCUGAAAUCCCGACUCCAUUGGAAGCAUCGGAACAGUAUAAAAUGCGAAUUGCAAUGGAGAAAACAACUAAAUGGUCUAUAUUUUAAAUAAACGAUAUUAUUUCAAAAUA